AAUGACGGUGUAGUUUUCCGGCGGAACAAUAAUCGUGAACACACACGCAUUUGAGCACAUUUGUCUCGAUGUAAGAUUGUUUUUUUUUUUUUUAAAAGCGUAAGAAAGAAUAAUUCUGAAAUAGAUUUACACGCAAUAUCAUCCUUUUCAACGUGCGCAUAAACUACGAUUACCAGUUAUUUUCUAACAUACUGUAACUUUACGCUGCGCAGCUUUUUUUCUUUCAUCUGGCGCUUAAUGUAACCUUACCUAACGUACAUUUUUCAAUCGCUCUGGUUAUUUUGUGUUUUAUUAACGUUAGUAGUUUCGAUAUCUAAUUCUCAGAACGACUAGUUAUCACACACAGUCUGCGGGAGAUCUGUAUCUUCAUGGCUUCAUCAGUGGACUUCAGGACUCUGGUGGAUCAGUCGUGCAGAUACUCGGAUGAAUUCGUCAAUAUUUAUUACGACUGUAUGGACAAGAGAAGAAGGAAUCUGACGAGGCUGUAUCUGGACAAAGCGACGCUGGUGUGGAAUGGAAAUGCUGUCACGGGUCGAGAUGCUCUCAGCGAGUUCUUCGAGUCUCUUCCUUCCAGUGAAUUUCAAGUGCAGUCUCUUGACUGUCAGCCUGUGCAUGAACAAGCAACUCAUGGCCAAAUGACUCUGUUGGUGGUUACAGCUGGAUCAGUGAAAUUUGAUGGAAACAAGCAGAGAUUCUUCAACCAGAAUUUCUUGUUAACUGCCCAAGCCUCUCCGAACAGUGACCAGCCUGUGUGGAAGAUCGCAAGCGACUGCUUUCGCUUUCAAGACUGGGCAAACUGAAUUGUAGCGUCAAAGCUUUUUUUUUUCUUCCCAUAUUUGUAAACUCAUUGCAAUUUAAUAUGUUCUGUAAAUAAAAACCAUUGACCAGUAAA